AUGCCGCCCGUGGGGGCCACCGUCUCCCUCCGGGAGCUGGCCAACCUGGCCAUCGGCACCCCCGAGGUGGGGGCCGUCAACUUCAACGCGCUCCACACGCUCCUCGUGGCCCUGCUCAAGAACCUCAACAUGCAGGACCACCGGGUGGACUACCACCAGCCGCUGUCGCCCGAGCGGAGGCUCUCGGAUACCUUUCGGGUGUGGCCCGGCACCCCGCUGCUGUCCACCAGCAGCCCGCAGGUCUCUGUGUCUAAAGAGAAAGAGAAGCGAAAGGCCAGCGUGCCCAGGGUCCCGUCGAUGGUGCUGGAGAGCCAGAUGAAGGGCCUGGGCGGGCAGGUCCAGGACCUGGGCGGGCAGGUCCAGGACCUGGGCGGGCAGGUCCAGGACCUGGGCGGGCAGGUCCAGGACCUGGACCGGCAGCUCCGGAACAUGGACAACCAGCUGCAGGGCGUGCUGUCCCACAUCCAGUACUUCACCUCCCUGGUCUCGGGCCCGGGCGUGGAGACCUCGGAGUGGAUGGAAGAGCAGGCGAAGGCCUAUGUCUUGGCCGAGGGGGGGCUCCUGCAUCGGGUGGAGGAAGUAGAGAAGAUAGUAAAAAACCGGGAGGAGUUCCUGGAACCCUUCAGCCGGAAGAUGUCUCUGUUGCCCCCUGGAGAGGAAGUCACCAUGGUCACCUGGGAGGAGCUGGAGCAGGCAAUUACUGAUGGCUGGAAGGCCUCCCAGGUGGGCAUAGAGACCACGCCAGCCAUCCUUAAGCGCAAAGUGAAACCGACCGUGCCAAGUACCUCCUCCACUGGGUAUCCGGGCGCCGACCAGGCUCCGGACUUGGCUGGCGGCCUUGGCCCAGAGCUGGGACCCAGCGGACUGAAGCCCCCUGACAAAGAACUACCUUCGCCCCAAUUAAGGGCUGAAGCCAUUCGCCGCAGGCGCAGGGAGUGGCCCAGCUUCGCACGUCUGAGAAGAGUCAAGCGAGAUGCACAUCCUGGCCCAGCUCCACAGGACCUACCCAGAGACCGGCACCAUCUCAUGCCCCCGGAUGCUCGUGGCAGGAUGACCCCCAUCCCGGGCCAAGUCAUGUACGAAAGGCCCGACCAACUUGGGCCGGGGCCGCCUGGCCUGGACCAGCUUGAGUCUCAGCCUCCUAGCGUUUACCCAUAUGGCGUCCCCUUCAGCACGGGCCAGCUGGGUAUGAUGCCACCUGGAAUGGAGGAGCAGGGGUUGGUUCAGCAUGAUAUGGUGCCAAUGUGGGUACCUGGCAUGGGUCAGCAAGGAUUGGAACUACCUAGUAGGGCACAGCCUAUUGUGAUUCCACCGAGUGCACCGCAGUACGGUAUGAGAUUUCCCGGCCCAGACCAACGUGCCAUGGAGCGGCCUGCAAUGGACGAGAGACCCGUGGGUGUGAGACCCGUGGGCCUGGAUCAGCCGGGGUUUCCAACCUCUGACAUGGACCAACAAGUACUGGUUCCAUCUUUUAAAGACCAGGAAGAUUUUGUACAGCCCAGCUUGGAGCCACCUGUCUUCAUGCAGCCUGCCGCACCGCAAUCCGAUGUGCUUCCUCUCGGAGCAAUUCGGCCUGGCUUGGUCCCACUUGCAAUGGACCAGCCUGGUUUAGUGCCACCUAGUGCAGGUCAGCCUGGUUUAGUUCAACCUGGAAUGGAUCAGCCUGGUUUAGUCUCCCCUGGUGCAGGUCAGCCUGGUUUGGUGCCACCUGGUGAAAGUCAGCCUGGUUUGGUGUCCCCUGGUGAAAGUCAACCUGCUUUAGUCCCACCUGGUGAAGGUCAGCCUGGUUUAGUCCCACCUGGUGAAGGUCAACCUGCUUUAGUCCCACCUGGUGAAAGUCAACCUGCUUUAGUCCCACCUGGUGAAGGUCAGCCUGGUUUAGUCCCACCUGGUGCAGGUCAACCUGGUUUAGUGCCACCUGGUGCAGGUCAGCCUGGUUUGGUCCCACCUGGUACAGGUCAACCUGGUUUGGUCCCACCUGGUGCAGGCCAGCCUGGUUUUAUCCCACCUGGUACAGGUCAGCCUAGUUUGGUACAGACUGGUAAAUAUCCACCCGGUUUUGUACAGCCAGGUGCAUAUCCAUAUAGUUUCGCUCAACCUGGCCUCUAUCCAUAUGGUUUAGUCCAGCCUGGUGCAUAUCCACAGGGUUUCAUGCGGCCUGAUGUGGCAGGUCAGCCUGGUUUAGUCCCACCUGGUACAGGCCAACCUGAUGCAGGUCAGCCUGAUUUUGUCCAACCUGAAACGGACCAGUAUGGUUUAGUCCAAUCCGGUGCUGGUCAGCCUGGUGUGGCCCAAGCUGGAAUAGAUCAGCGUGGUUCAGUCCAACCUGGCGAAGGUCAACCUGGUGUGGUCCAACCUGGAGUUGAUCAGCGUGACUUGGGGCAGCCAGGGGCGUAUCCCCCCGGUUUUGUACACCCAGGGGCGUAUCCCCCCGGUUUUGUACACCCAGGGGCGUAUCCCCCCGGUUUUGUACACCCAGGGGCGUAUCCCCCCGGUUUGCUUCAACCUGGUGCCUACCCACCACGUGAUUGGAUGCAGGCUAGCGUCUAUCCUCGUGCUUUGGUCCAGCCCAGUGCAUAUCCACGUGGUUUACUGCAGCCGGAUAUUGAUCAGCAAGGUUUAGUCCCACCCAGUGCAGCUCAGGAAGUGCAACCUGGAGUAGAUCAGCCUGUUCUGAGGCAGCCUGGUGCUGAUCAAGUACCACCAGGCGCACAGCCUCAAGGCUUUCCACCCCAAUAUCAGCAUGGCAUGGCACCUCCUGGCAGAGAUCAACGUAUCCAGGCAUCACCACACCUAUCCAGGCAAGGUUGGAUGUCGCCUGGUAUGGACCAAGAGGGUUUGGCACCUACAGACACAUAUCCACGAGGCAUAGUCCCACAUGGCCCAAUACCAUUAAUCACCGGUGUAUCUUCACGCCCAGAUCUGCAGCAUUGGCCAUCACCUGACCUGGAUCACGCGGGUGCAGACUACCGUGACCAAGCCUCCUUUCUCCAAGACCCACGCGGCCUGUAUCCUGGCCCUUAUGGCCCAAGGUACCCAGGCAUGGAUCAACAUGUCCAAGCACGUUUGGACCCACACAAAGGCAGGGCUCAUACUCCGACCACCCUGGGUCCAGAGCCGAGCGUGGACUCCGAUAGCGCAUCCUUGCAAGUCUCACAAGAACCGAGUUAUAUCGAGCCUCAGAGACACGAUUCGCUGGAGAAUGUGGCUCCGAGCUUCCCCAUCGCCAUUGAGACCUUCCGCCUGAUGGGCGAGCUCAUCAGCCUCUACUCAGAGCUCAAGGAGAACAUGGAGACCCUGGACGCGGAGAAGGCUGGCGAGAGCGACCUGGAGAAGAUCCAGUACCUGAUCGCCCUGAUGGUCCAAAGGACCAUCCCGCCGGACCUGCAGGAGCAGCUGAAGUCCAUCAAGAUACUGACCAAAGAAGUUCGGCAGGAGAAAGCAAAGCUGGACAAGUUGCAGAGGUUCCUGGAGGGCGAAGGGCAGACAGAAAUGGGGAGGGAGGUGGCCACUGGCCCACUGGGCUUGCAGCUGGGUCUUCUCAGGGUCAGCGUGAACGACAUUGAGAAGGAGCUGGCGGAGCUGAGGGAGAGCCAGGAGCAGGGCAAGGUCUACAUGGAGCACUCGGUCUCCGAGGCCUCCCUCUACCUGCAGGACCAGCUGGACAAGCUUAGGACGAUCAUCGAGAACAUGCUGGCCUCGUCGUCCACGCUGCUGACCAUGAGCAUGUCCCCGAAGAGGACCUCGGUCAGCAUGCCACCCGGCCAGAUUGACCCCAAGGCCACCUGCCCUGCCUGCAGCCUGGACCUGAGCCACCAGGUCAGCACGCUGGUGCAGCGCUAUGAGCAGCUGCAGCACAUGGUCACCAGCCUGGCUGCCUCGCGGCCCUCCAAGAAGGCCAAGCUGCAGAGACAGGACGAGGAGCUGCUGGGCCACGUGCAGAGCGCCAUCCUGCAGGUGCAGGGCGACUGCGAGAAGCUCAACAGCGUCACCGGCAACCUCAUCGAGGACCACCGGCAGAAGCAGAAGGACAUCGACGUGCUGUACCAGGGUCUGGAGAAGCUGGAGAAGGAAAAGGCCAACAGGGGGCACCUGGAGAUGGAGAUUGAAGUGAAGGCGGACAAGAGCGCCCUGGAGGGCAAAGUGAGCCGCAUGCAGUUCGACGCCACCACGGAGCAGCUGAACCACAUGAUGCAGGAGCUGGUGGUCAAGAUGAGCGGGCAGGAGCAGGACUGGCAGAAGAUGCUGGAUCGGCUCCUGUCCGAGAUGGACAGCAAGCUGGACCGCCUGGAGCUGGACCCCGUGAAGCAGCUGCUGGAGGACCGGUGGAAGUCCCUGCGGCAGCAGCUCAAGGAGCGCUCCCCGCUCUACCAGGCGGACGAGGCAGCCGGCAUGCGGCGACAGCUCCUGGCACAUUUCCAUUGCCUGUCCUGUGACCGGCCCCUGGAGACAACUGUGACUGGACAGGUCCUCCCCACCACGCCCGUGGGGCCCAGCAUGCCUGGGCACCGCUCCACCCGCCCCUACACGGUGUUUGAGCUGGAGCAGGUGCGCCAGCAGAGCCGCAACCUCAAGCUGGGCCACUCGGCCUUCCCGCGGGCUGACCUGGUGUCCAUGGAGCGGAGCGUGGGGCGCCUGCGCACCAUGCACUCCAAGAUGCUGAUGGACAUCGAGAAGGUGCAGAUGCACUAUGGGGGCACGGUCAAGGCCAGCAGCCAGAUGAUCCACGAGCUGCUGCAGGCCCAGUGCCUGGGCUCCCCCUGCUGCAAGCGGGUGUCGGAGAUGAGCGCCUUCAGCUUCACCACAGUGUCUCGGCACUGCGGGGGCAGCCACACCCUCACCUACCCCUACCGCCGCACCCGCCUGCAGCACCUGCAGCAGGGGCUGUUCCCUGAGGACGUCCAGGUUGCCAGGAAGCACCACGAAGUGGACAUCCUGGGCCUGGAUGGACAUAUUUACAAGGGACGGAUGGACACGAGGCUGCCAGGCAUCCCCAGCAAAGACAGCGCAGGGAACAACAAGCACAAGAUCAAGCCGUCGCGCUCCCACACGCUCCGGCAGCUGGACAGCAGCCAGCUGCCCCUGCGGCCUCAGAGCGCCCACAUGGCGGCCGGCAGCAUCUCAGCUACUUCUCGGCAACACACAGACAGACCGGUCUCCUCGGAGGGGCGCCUCUCCCAGCCGACCGUGGCCCACCUGCCCAGCCCCGGCGGGAUGGCCAUGCACAUGGACGUGCCCCCCGGGGAGGGCAUGGAGGAGCCCAUCCGGGGGCCCAGGACCCCCAAUACUCGCUGA